CAUCUGUGGUUCCUCGGGAACCUGUGUAGACAUUUUUUUUUGUUUGAGUUGCCCGAAGUACGAACGUGUUUAAGGAUCCGCUAAUGAUUCGCACAUCAAUAGUGAAGCUUCUUGUUUGAUAUAUAUAUCUUUCACAAGAUAAUCCGCCGCUAUCAAGCUAUAAGGGGUAACUCAGUAUUUGGUGCCUGGUAAUCGUCACUGACUAGAAAACCAACUGUAGGUUAGAGGCAGUCUGUUCAUCCCUAUGGUUCGUCCAAUUUGUACGUGCUAACUAACCGUCAACUGUAGAUUAGAUGGCUAGAUAGUAUUUGUAUAUCAAGAUAACAAAGCCGCCAAGUGCUUGCUUGCCAAUGCACUGCAAGAUUCGUGGGGUUUGCAAGAUCGCUAUCUGUCUUUGCUAGGAAUAAGAUGAAUUAGUUUAUGUUGACAGCCUACAGAGAUAUCUUUCAUCUGCGGAUUCUGGUUAUUUGUGCUUUUAUUACACAAAUGGAAUAAUCGAUUGGUGUAUAAAUAAGCACGUAGUGAGCACAGGUUACGAGAAAAAGCUUGCUGAAAUAGCCAUGAGUUUACAGGUAGGUUGCCUUUCUUUCAGACAGCCGUAUGCGGGCUUAGUUUUGAACGGCCUCAAAACUAUUGAGACGCGUUGGCGGCCUCUGCUGUCAGAAUAUGAAAACUGCACCCUUGCCGUGCACAUUGCGCGGAAGGACUGGGAAGGAAGCGAAUGGAGAGAGGUGCUGACGCGUGCGAUGGGAAUGACCUGUGCCCAAAUAGAUGAUCUCCUGGAGUCCGGCGAGAGGUUCGGCCGAGGAGUAGUGGCAGGCCUGGUGGAGGUGGGAGAGACCUGGGUCUGUCCUGGCAGCCUUCCCAGGGAGGAGGUGCUGGUGCUGGAGGCGGAGGCUCUGCUGACUGGGCUGGAGGAGAAGCACCUGACCCGGCUGUCCUUCCCACGCUGGCUGAAGGAGCCCCUUUAUGCGCGUGGGCACAAGGAUGUCUGGACCGUGGACAUCCCACUGGAGCUACUGCCACCUCCGCCACCCACACCCCACAGGACCAGCUAUUCCUAGUGGGCGCUGUCUGUCUGCAAAGCGUUUGUCCAGGGAACAACCCCCUGGAGAGGUAGCAGUCCAUCGCUGGGUGAACGUAUGGCCAGUUUAGCAUGAAUAUAUGGCCAGUUUAGCAUCUCUAAUUCAGGUACCCUGCAUGUCCUUGGACUGUGGGAGGAACAGUACCCGGAGGAAAACCCACACGAAACUUCACACAGACAGGAUCCAGGGUGGCUGGGACUUGAACAUGGAACCUCUUUCUUGUGAGGCAACAGUGCUACCGCUGUGACCGUGCCACCCCAUAUGCUGCCCUGAUAACUGAGGGGAAAAUCCAGCCAUGUACUUCAGUUUUUGAUCAGUUUUUGGUCAUGCUCAGCCAUGUGUUUUUUCUUGUUUUAACACUCCCUUGGGCAAAUUGUUCUUAAUAAUACCUUUCAACAUGUCAGGCUUUCAAAAAGGAACUUUUGAAAUCUGUAUGAAUAUUCUAAUGUAUGUGGAAUGCAGUCUGUGAAGUGUGCUUGGACAGUUUAUCAAAUAGAGAUGUUAUCAGUGAAAAUUACGUGAAAUUAGACUUCAGGUCAUUUUUAUGUGUACACAUUAUGAGAAAAGUUUAAAAAUAAAUGUGUAGCACAGUUUUUAUACUGGCGAAUACAAUUGCUGGUAUUUUUGCUCAUAGAAAAAGGCUGUGAAUAAAAUAAAGGAAGAAAGGUCUUCUGCUGCCUACGCUGUGGCACAUUCAGAGGCAUUAAGCAUGCCCAGCAUCUAUAGAUCCUUUCUUUAAUCCAGGAUCCUUUCUACUGGGAUGAUUUUCAUCUGGUUUUCAAAAGAGGCUAAAUCAAUAUUGGGUGAUUCUGGUCCUGAUUAAAAAUGGGGACUUGUUACCAAAACAAAGUAAUUUCUUUAACGAAACCCAAGUUGGCAAUUAUUUUAUAAUUGAGUUUAAUAGUAUGGAGUUUAGAAUUAUUAAAGUUUUAUUUUGUGAUCAAA